AUGUCGACUGAAUUGAGUGACCUAAGGGCAAAGGUUGGCAUCUACCUCCUUGAAGAAAGACUGUUGGACGAGGAAGAUAUUGUGGUCAAAGAUGAAGAAGAUAUUGUGAUUACCACAGUGUCCCAGGCAGCCAUCUUCUAUGCAGAGCCUCUCUUUAACAAGACCCCAUAUCAUACAUCAGUCUCUGGCCAUGGCUGGAUUCAAGAAUUGAUUGAUGGGCAUCCGGAACAAAUUAGAGACUUUGAGAGAAGCAGGGCAUACCAAUUCAAAGAGUGUGUCUUUGGAGGAGAAGCUUGCUAUGUUUUUAUACAUGAGUGUGACUGGGCUCACUGUCAGACAUGUUGUGAACAUUUUCAAUGUGCCAAUGACACUAUAUCAAAGUAUUUCAAGGAAAUUCUAUUCGUGUUUUCGUCCACACCCAUCUACACUAAUUAUGUACAUCUACCAUCUGCCAACGACCCUAUGCCUCCCAAAGUCCUGAAUAACCCAAAGUUUUAUCCCUUUUUUUCAGAUGCAAUUGGUGCCAUUGAUGGGACACAUAUCACCUGUGCCCCAUCCACUGCAGAACUGUAA